GAGUACGACGUGAAGAGCCUACAGAGGGUGCGGCUGGGGCUGAGACCAGUCAUUUGGCCCCCGCGACAGCGGCCGCAGAGCAACCCCGCGACCGCGCAGCAGCCGCCGCCCCCGCGCCUGAGGCACCUGGUGGACCGCGUGAAGAGCCAGGCGGGCGCUGCCGAGCCCAACGUCUCCUUCGCGGCUGACGCGCGUGCGCGGUCAGCGCGGGCCCUCGGCAGCAAGGGCGCGCAGCCAGGCGGGGCUGGCGCAGGCGGCGGCGAGGAUUGGAUGUCGACGGGGGGCGGCUUCUACAUGGACUUUGACGACCUGCUCUGCUUCUUCGAGGAUGGCGGCGUCGACGACAUGAGCGACGCUGACUGCGCGGCUGCGCUGGCCGCCGGCGCCUCUGCGCCCACCUCCCCUGCGGUUGCGAUCCCAGGAGUCGAUCGGCCAGGGCAGGCAGAGCUGGGGGGCGAGAACGACGGCCUCAGUAGGUUGAGCCAG